AGCGAAAGAAGAAAACAUAGAGAUUGGUGGCGGCAGCGGCGGUGGCGGCGAAAUAUAGUUAUUUACUUAUAAGUACGAUCAAUUCUAAUCGAGACCAACCUCAAAUACUGUUAUUGAAUAGUUUAUAACUGUGCUUUUGGUUUGAGUAUACUUUGAUGAUGUCAGAAUGGACGAGCGCUGAUUCUCUUCGAAGAUAUCUUCUUGAUCUCCCCUCCAAGUCAAACUUUAAAUUUGAUCAAUCAGUAAGAAAAGAUAUAAGAAGAUCUAUAUUCUUAUCCAUAUCUAGUGGUGGGUGUUAUUUGGAUUGGCUAUAUCCCAAAUCUUUUACCAAUCAUUUCCCGAAUCAGCAAAAUGAAUUAGUAGCAGAGAAAAUUGAUAAAGAGUUUGAUUGGCUAUUCAGUAAAUAUUAUAAGAAAAACAUCCAAAUAAGAGACCCAAAGUAUAAUAGUUACGAUCAUCAUGCAUUUCAUUCUAACCUGCCUUGUAGCAGGAUAUUCAGAAAAGGUGAGCCAAUUUAUAGAUGUUUGACUUGUGGUUACGACGAUACUUGUGCACUCUGCUCUCAUUGUUAUCAACCUGAAUUCCAUGAAGGUCAUAAAGUUCAUAUCACCAUUUGUCAAAGAGAAAAUGGAGGUGUUUGUGAUUGUGGUGACCCUGAAGCUUGGGUCAAUGAUUUCACUUGUCCUUAUGCUUCUGCCGAUGAUCAAGAUUUGAAAUUACGUAAUAAACCAAUGCCUUUGGAAUUUGAAAAAUCUUUCUUAUCAACGAUUGAAAUCCUUCUUGAUUAUAUAAUUGAUGUCAUGAGUCAUGCCGACUUACAGCUUUAUCCCGAUCAUCAUUCUGUCACUUCCCUUAAAGAUUUUUCCGACGCAUGUUCUCUAGAUCCCACUAAAUAUGGUUACUCAAAUGAUGCUGCCAAAGACCCAAACAGCGAUAAGUACUUUCUAGUGGUUUAUAAUGAUCAAAUAAGACACUUUAGGGAUGCUGUUCAAAGAAUUCAUUUAGCAAGUAAAAAAGUUACUCCUUUUGCCGUAAUGGUUGCUGAAAAAGUCCAGUCUUUUGGUAAAGCUAAAGUUAUAAGCUCAAGUGACUUGUCACUUUUGGAAGAAAGACGUCAAAUAAUAAGCUCAACUGGUUUGGCCUCAUGUAUUCGAAGCCAUAGAGAUAUCUUCCGAGAAGAAAUGUGUGAUGAAAUCCUUCUAUUCAUAAAAGACUUUACUGAAAGUGAAUUGUUUAAAAUUAAUAAUAAUGCAAAAAAUUUAUUUUGUAAAGCAUUUUGUGGUAAAUGGAAUAAAGGUAUUAGAUCUUUCAACAAUUCAUUCCCCAAAUCACAAUACUCACUGGGUAAACUCGAUUCUAACUUUGAUAUUCCUAAAAUUCGGUCCAUAAAUGGACAAAAUCCUUCUGGUUCACAUUGGUAUUUUAGUCCCUCUCGUUGGAAUCUACCUGAAUCCUUAUGUGAGGAUUGUGACUACAACACCACUGACGAAGAUUAUGAUCUUUUCACAAGUCACCAUGGCUCCAGAUUUCAAUAUUUAGUUUACUUUGAUAUUCGAUUUUGGAAAUCUAUUAGAAUAGUCAUACAUGAUAUGUAUUCUACUUCGUUGAUUACAAACCUAAAAUAUAAAAAAAUUAUUUGCUGUCAAUAUGUUGAUAUAUAUCCAACAAUAGCUGACAUGUUUCUAACCCUCGAUAGAGAACCAGAACUAAAUAUUAUGUCAACUCUAUCGACACAAUUAUUUACUUGCCCAUCAAAUUCAACCUCUAUUAUUCAACAUGGUGAUAUAUCGAGAAUUUUUGCCUCUAUUUAUGGCUUUUUAUCAACCGGACGAAUUGAAGCACCUUGUACGGUUGAUGUAUCUCAUGAAAUCGACAUGAUGAGCCUCAAAAAUAGAAGAUGGGGUCAAAUCUUUUUUGAUAUUGGUUAUAUUCUAAGUCGAAGCUGUGACUCACAUAAGAUUCUUUCGUGUAAUAUUAUUCCGAUGGCUUGUGAUAUAUUGGCAUUAUUUCAAGGUAGGCCUGUCUUACGCAGAGAGAGUAAAAAUCAUGUCGAAUAUGAAAGCCCCGAUUAUACUGCUUUUUUCCACGCGAUACUGGUCAUAUAUCAAUUCGGAGAAUACAUCGCUCAGUGCCUCAAUGGUGUCAAGGAUAACUCGCCAAGGAUAACAUUAUCUUCAAACGCCAUAAAUUACGUGAUUCAAUUUUUGCUAAGACUAGAAUUAAACGAGUACCCUUGCUUACUGGAUGAGUGUGUUGAUAUAGACUUGAGUGGAGAAACAAAGGUUAUCACAGAACCUAAACAUAAAACUGCAAUACGAGACUAUAGGAUUGACAAGGGGAAAGUAAGCUUUCUCCACCCUAUUCAUUCUUUCUUAUCUUGGUUGAUUGAACUCUCUAACUUUGAAUCCAUAGAUGAUUUGAAGAAGGUGUUACAUCAGUCUGCACGUUCAAAUCCUUCUAAAUCAGAUCUCAAAAGUGAUACUCUAACAACAAUUUUCGAAUACCCAAUCCGAACUAUCGUUCUUAUGUCACAAAUUAAAUCGGGCUUUUGGGUCAGAAAUGGAUUUAGUGUUAGAACGCAAUUACAAUUGUACCGAAACACAGGACUUCGAGAAAGUGGUUACCUCAGGGACUUGUUUCUUUUACAGAUAUUUGUCAAUUGCUAUAACCCAGAUACGUUUUGCUAUUUUUUAUUCAAUAGAUGGCUUCUUUACGAUGGAUGGAUUUCCACAAAUACAUCAUCCGGAGAACUUGCUGAAUCAUCUCUUGCUUAUGACCAAAAUACAUUUCCUUAUAUGGUGGAAGAAUGUCUCAACUUUUUCAUUCAUUUAUUAACUGAAGACCUCUAUUUGAAAGGAUAUUCAAACGAGGAAAUGAAUGAGCUUCGGAUCAGAAACGAAAUCAUACAUAGUUUAUGCUUUGGUCCAAUCAACUAUUCAAAACUCAGUUCGCAUAUUCCUGAUCAUAUUACUAGCGAGAAAAGAUUUGAUUUGAUUUUAGAAGACAUGUCAGUUUUUUCACCUCCUACUGGACUGAAAGAUACAGGUGUAUACCGUUUGAAAGAAGAAUAUCUUGACCAAGUAAACCCCUAUUAUUUCAACUACACAGCUAAUACCAAAGAUGAUGCAAUAAAAUUUGUUAAAGAAAGAAUUAACAAGAAGAGUCGGAUACCUACUCCAGAAGUGGUAAUCACACCAAAGGAAAGUAAGCCAGAGGAAUUGGGAAUCUACAAACAUAUUGGUAACUUUUCAACUUCUGAGUACUUUUCCCUCUUUCUUCUCAAAACCUUAAAAUUUGUUUUUAAUGAGGGAGUGGAUAAAAUGGAUGGUUUAUUGGAGACUAUAUUACAUUUGAUUCAUAUCUGCUCCUUGGAGCAAUUAGUUGAUUAUAAAAAGUAUGGAACAUUUUACGAGAAAUUUGUGACUGUUUGGAAUUCUGAGGGUACUUCUAUAGCUAAGUUAUUUUACGAAGUCUUGGUAAAUGAGGCAUUUUCUAAUCACCAUUCAAAAGUUCGCUCGAUUUUCAAAGUUUUUGAAAGCAAGUAUCACAAUAUUGCUGAUAUUUUAGAAGACCAAAUUGAAAGUUUCGAUUUAGUUAAACUAGAAUUUAAUACUUCUGAUUCAAACUUAGAGAAUGAAUUUGAAUGUAAAAAGAGAAUAGCCAAGGAAAGACAAGCAAAAUUGAUGGCUAAAUUUAAGAAACAGCAAAGCUCUUUCUUGAAAAAUAACAAUGCAGGACAGGAUCUUGACUACAGCGAUACUGAAAUGGAAGACUUUGAAGAAGAAGUUGGUUGGAAAUUUCCAGAAGCCCACUGUAUAUUAUGUCAAAAUGCCUCCGAGGAGUCAGGCCCAUUUGGUAUCAUUACUUAUAUAUCGAAGUCGUCUGAGUUUCGGGACAUUCCAUUUGAUGACAAAUACUGGUUUUUGAAAUCCUUUUCUGACCCAUCAAAUUUAGACAAGAGUGAAGAUUGUAUGUCUUCUGAACAUCACAGCUCCUCAUGGCUAUCAUAUAUGCAUAAAAUAAGGGAAAAUAAUGUCGUCGGACCUGGUUUUUUUCAUCACAAUAAUGUUGAUAAUAAGUUGGUAUCGCUGACAUGUGGACAUGGUAUGCACUUUCAAUGCUAUAUUAAUUUUGUUAAUAGCAAUAGGAGCCCACUGGGUCAAAUAACUCGGAAUUCCCCAGAAAAUAUCGAACAUAGGGAGUUUCUUUGUCCAUUAUGUAAAGCUAUCAAUAAUAUGUUUAUCCCUAUCCUUUGGUUUAAUAAUAAUAAAUCUCUCAAGCAAUUUGUUAGUCCUUAUCUGUCUAUUAAAUUCAACCCCCUUGAAACUUUCAAAAAAUCUGAUAUUCAUGACCCCGACUGGGUAAAAAAGUUCACUGAAGCUUCCAAUUUAGAUAUCCAAGAAGCGAACAUUUUAUCACCAUCUGCUGUUGAAAUGAUAGGCUCGAGCUCCACUGCCAAUGCAACAGUCAACCAACAACACUUUCGAAUGUUACUUUCUAAUAUGUUUCAGAUUCUUUCCCUUUUGACAUUCCCUCAAAUUUUCAAAGCUGACUCUGUCCAUGUGCUUGUGAAUAGCAUCAAGUCUGCUGAGCUUAGCCUAAGGGGUAUAGAUGCACCUGAAACUCUCAUUCUUGGGCAGCUUUCGAACAAUACAUUGGUUAACUUACGUACUUUGAAUGAGUUCAGGAAUACGAGCUUAUUGAUGAAAAUUAAUAACUGGAUUCAGGCUGCAAACCCGAAAGCAGAUGCUCAUGUUAAAAUGUUGGCUGGUCUAUUAACGUUAUCCCCCUCUUCCUUCUCUUCUUCGGUCCUUGAGCGUGACUUUUUCGAGCUCUUAGUGAACACGUUCCCACUUCCAAGAUCUGGUUUUCUGUUUCAUAAUAUUCUAAAGACUUGCUUUGUUGGUCAUAUGAUGCAAUCAUUGUAUAUUAUUUCAACUGAAAUCAAGAAGCACGAUUUUUACGUGAACCAGGAUUACACAAUCCUUGAUAUCCCAUUUUCAAGCCAUAUUACUGGAGAUGAUGCGUCGCUCGCUGUAAAACUAUUCGGAAAACUUAUACAACGUGAUGUUACUUCCGAUGAGUCUGCGGUAAUUAAUGAUCCAAAGUUUGGUUAUGCUAUCUAUUCAAUGCUACUUAAAUCGGUUACACCAUUUUUGAGGCGAGCAGCCAUUUUUGCUUAUGUUGCCUGCGCCCAAAUGGAUACAAUCGAUUUUGGAAAAUUCUCACACAUGAAUUUUGAAUCAGAUAAAUUGUGUGCUUUGUUGAAUAUCGAUUCAUUGUCAGAAAUUAUGCGCAAGAUGUCUAAUAUUGAUAAUUCUACUCCCUUCGAAGCUAAGCUUUUUACUAAUUUUGUUGAGCAUAUAUUCACCUUGCCUCAAAGGACCUUUUCAGAAGAUACAGAUGUGAGAAAAUCCUUAGAAUAUCCUGGGAUAGUGAAGCUCACUGAUUUGCCUGAGCGCCUUGAUUUCUUCUUUACUAAGUACUAUUACUCGGAUAAGUAUAAUAACCCUAAUAUGACUAUUGAAGAUCCGGCCAUUUGUUUAUUUUGCAGCCAAGUUGUGGAUGUGCAAAAAUCGGCUAUUGGCUGCAAAGAAGGUCAGUGCACCACUCAUUUUCUAAAAGAAUGUUCCAAUGAUGUGGGUAUUUUUUUGUUGCCUAAAGAUAGAAGUAUUUUAUUACUACAUAAAAACGGCGGUUCUUUUUAUGAAGCUCCAUAUUUGGACCAGCAUGGUGAAUUACCUGGUGAGUCGAAAAAAGGCAAAACGCUUUAUCUUAUGAAACCAAGAUAUGAUGAAUUCAUACGAAAAGUAUGGCUCCAGCAUAAUGUAUCUAAUUACAUUGUGCGUAAGUUGGAUAGUGUAAUGGAUGCAGGUGGCUGGGAUACUCUUUGAUGGCACUUUUUAGUAAGACUUAUAUUUAGAAAUGCAUUGAAAUUGAUGA